GUUGUGGGGAAAACACCCAGAGCUCCGGGAAUUUCCCUGGCCCGGGGUUCGGGCUUUUCCAGCCACCAUGCAUAAAAAGGGGUUCGCGGGGCUCCAGAACCCCAGAUCGCACCUCACUGCCUCCAGCCAGCUCCUGCACUCCAGACUCCAGCCACACUCCUACCCAGCGCCAUGGCCCCAGCCACCGGUUCACUUCUCCGUGCCUCUCUGCUGUUGCUGCUGCUGCUGCUGCUGAUCACCAGCCGCCAGACUACAGGGGCUCCUGUCGCCAACGAGCUGCGCUGUCAGUGCCUGCAGACCAUGUCAGGGGUUCACCUCAAAAACAUCCAGAGCUUGAAGGUGACGCCCCCAGGACCCCACUGCACCCAAACCGAAGUCAUAGCCACUCUGAAGAAUGGUCAGGAAGCUUGCCUUAACCCUGAAGCCCCCAUGGUCCAGAAGAUUGUCCAAAAGAUGCUGAAGAGCGGAGUCCGCAAGUGACAGAGAAAGACGAUAGCCUUGGCGGUGCACCUGUGAUCGCUGGCUUCUGACAACACUGGCUUAACAUGUUUUACUGUUUCUUACAAGAAUCCUAUUUAUUUAUGUAUUUAUUUAUUUCACAAAGCUUGUGUAUUUUAUUUUAUAUUAAUAUUUAACAAUGUGGAUGUGUUUCAUCAAUGGUAGUUCAGUUCUGGUUGUUCAGUUUGAAGAUGGUAGGGUUAAAAUAUCUCACUAAACUAAUAUUUAUUGGGAGACCAUCAAGUGUCAACCGCUGUGAUAGGAGUGUGUGGGGUGGGCAAAAAGCAGAGAUGAGAGCAUGUGAUCAUGCUUUGUAUUAGGGUGAGGGGAUAUGUGGGAAUCUAUGUUUGAAUGUUUUGAGAAAAAAUGUCAGUUAUUUAUUGAAAGUCAUCUUUCAUAUUAAUGGUCAACACUGAUGUGUUGAAGUUUCCCUUGGACAUUUCAUGUCUACUUUGUAGGGCAUAGUGCCCUGUUAUAUUCUUUAACCAAUGUUUCUCUUUGUCCUGUGACAGAGAAAUUCAAAAGACUGUUACAAAUGAAAUAAAAAUAA